AUGAAACUUCUGCUGUGGUGUUGCCAUGAGUGAUUACAAGCUACAAAGAAAGUGAAAUGUUCUAACAGUUUCAUUGUGGGAGGUUUUACCGUGACUAUAGGUAGAGAGUCUGUUUACGUUCCCCUUUUGUCAGGGCAGCUUUAACCAUAACUGUUUCUGAACAUAGGAGUAUACUGUAACACUACAUGGGCCUCUAAAGGAACCUGAUCUGAUAAUUAAACCCUCUUGAGCCUCCUCCCUCAACUAGAGAGAUAAAAUUUCAGUGAAGAUGGACCCAUCUACUAGGAUGGUGGGUUUGGAUGCCCAGGGGAACAUGGUUUUCACAGUGGUAAAACCAGUUAUGGGCAUCUUUCAGGUGUCUUCAGAGCAAACAGGUAGUGUUGCCCAAGGGGGAAUUGGGCUGCAGGGUUUGUCUGAAAACACCUUGAUCCUCCCUCAAACACAUGGCCAGGCUCCGCUAGAACAGAACCAGGUGGAAAUGCACAAUGUACAGCCUCACAUUCAGGCCCAGAUGCAGGUUUCUGCCCCAGUCCAGGCUGAGGAUGUGUCCCAGAAUCAGGACCCACCACCAAACUCAAGCACAAAUUCAGAGUCUGCAUCCAAUAUGCCUUUUGCAGAGGUGUCAUCACUCCUGGAUCCCAACAUGAAAGGAUCUAAGGCUCGGAAGUAUCUCAUCUCGUAUGAUGAAAUUAAACGUCGCCUGCAGGCCCCGGAGAAGAUGUCCCUGCGCUCUUUGGCAGCCUACACUCGGGUCAGCAGAGGCCCGGCCAGCAAGAAAACACUACUUGAGUCACUCAAUGUACUCGGCCUCACGCCAAGCACAACUACCUCUGUAUCCUCCUCCUUCUCCAAACUCACUGAAGGCGACACAGGAGCUUUGUGUAACGAUAUGAAGGACUUUGCCCAUGACUACAUUGACUACAGCAACAUGGCUAAACAGCUCAUCCCCGACACGAAUACAGUUCAACACUGGUCCAAAAUUAUUGAAACAAAGAACCACCUUGAGGAUAUGAGAAAAUGUUUCAAGGACCCAGUCAAUAGCGGCGCAUUUGACAACGUCACUCAUGGUCUGGGUCUGGGAAUGUUGAACGUUGCACUGGACAUGGUCGUUAUGGUAAUUGAACAGCAGAUUCGGAUCCUGUCUGGCGCAGCUGCAUCAGAUCCAGCUGACUCUGGUCCGCCAAUGCGGCGUAUUCGCAGGCGCCACCGCAAAACCUGCUCAACUGACCAUGAGAAGUCUGUCAAGGGGCCUGGGGGGGUCAAUGAGCAAGGGAAGGUCAUUUCAAAAGGCAAGGGGCGAGGCAGAGUCAGGAAGAAGAUAAGGCAGGAAACUGGAGCUGCUGGUCCUGUGGAAACCCAUGCAGAGCAGUGCAAGCCAGAUGACGUGGAGAGUAAUGUACUUACCCUGGUUUCUGUUGGAUAUGAGACUGUUUCCAGUGGCCUCAAUGUAGCUGGAACUGUUUGACACCUGGUCAAAUGAUGGGUUUAAAGAACCAAACAUAGUCCCUUUCAAAGGGCUACUGAGUGAUGGCACACAGUCUCUGCGCAAGUUGCUGGGUUGAGCUCCUGUGAAGGAGAUCACACUUGUGGGGAGCUCAGCAUCAAGGUAUAAAGUCACAUGUUCAAGUCCAAUUUAAAGGAAUAGUUCGACAUUUUGGGAAAUAACACGUACUAGCUUUCUUACCACGUAAGAUGAGAAGAUGGGUAUUACUAAAAAAUAUGUAGCUAGUCAAUUACAACUGUCAAAAAAAAUUCAGCAACUCUAAAGUUCACCAAUUAACAUCUGUAUAACGUGUAAACAUUUGUAGUGGUUUUGUGGGUGGGGUGGGGGGUUAUGCGCCUGACUAUUUCUUGGCCGUAAAACGUUAAAUCUUCGUAUAUAUACUUUGGUUUUUAUACUUCUAAAACAAACAACAUAGAAUGUGUGCACUUGUGAGCUUCAGAGGUGCUGGUAGGCAGAUUUUGUUACCUGGACCUGGACUACAGCCUGAUCGAUAAAUUGGUGUGCCAAUAUUAAUGGCUGAUAUGAACUAAUUGCAGAUAAAUCAGUGUCGGUGUUAUAACAGUUAAUUACAAAAAGUAACAGAAGACGGAUCCUUCAAUCAUGUAUUAAGUUAUCAUUGCAUAGUUAUUCCACCAGAGGGCACUCUGCAAUCUGCUGUUGGGAGUUUGGAAAGCCACAAAUCCACCACACCGUACUUUUGUUCAGUACUAUUUUUUAAAAGACAUUUUUGGCCUUUUUUGCCUUCAUUUCCGAUAGGACAGCUGGAAGAGAGACAGGAAAUGAGGGAGGGAGAGAGAGACAGAGAGGAGAUGAUAACCAGCAAAGGGCUGCGGACUGGACUUGAACCAGGGCCACCAAUAGAAGGAUAUGGAGCGUGUGCUCUACCAAGUGAGCUAACUGGAACCCUUCAUAACAACUUAAAAAAAAUUUAAACCUCAUCAUGUCAUGUUAUGUUGGUGAGGUCUCAUAACUACACAUAACAAAUGUUAGUAUAACCUUUGUUUAUUUUAUAUCGACUAAUACAUCAGAGUAACAAAUUUUAAAAUCCUCAAAUAUCAAAAUCAGUAUCUGCCAUAAAAGGCCCAUAUCGGUCAGACUCUACUUCGGACACAUCAACACUAACUGUUUCCUCGUGUUUCCAGACUUUAAGCUAAGCUAACUGGUUGCUGCUACACAUUUGCCUUACAGAAAUAAGAGUGGUAUCAAUCUCCUCGUGUUACUCUUGGCAAUAAGGCAAUAAAGCAAUUAAGCGCGUUUCCCAAAAUGUCAAAGUAUUUCUUAAAGUGAAUUCUCUGUUUCUUUAGUAGCAGAUUUUGUAUCAAUGUAGUAUAACUGAAUCCAACCAUAUAUUAUUUUUUUAUGCUAUCAGCGAGCAGAUAAAAUCCCCACGGUAUGUAUAGAUUUAAACAUGUUGAACACUGAGAAAACCAUGCACAGGUACAGUCCAUAAUGUAGAACAGCUAAUAUCAGAGGUCUGUGUUAUAUCUUUUGCUGGUGGUACAAUGUCUCCUGUUUUCCUGUUGUAUUUAUUGUUUAGAUUUCCAGUUAAACAUCUAACGUUCUGUACUAGAUUGUUGAAAUGUCUGUUACUGCAAGAGUUGAGUAAAAUAUAACGAUUUAAUUUUUAA